CAGCUGCUGCUGCUGCUGGCGCCGGCGCUGCUCGGCGUGCCGCUCACGCUGCUGCUGCGCGCCCGGCUGGCCGCCCCGCUGGUCGGUGCGGGCGCCGCGCUACUCUCCCUUACCCUGCAGAUUGUGGGGGUGCUGACGGAGCGCCGCUCGGCCGCGCAGAGGGACGUCAAGACAAACAUCCUCGCGCAGGAUGAUGAGGUGGUGUUUGAGGGGGUCUGCCACCCCUCCACCUGGGCGUUCAUCAUACCGGCCAAACGGCGGAUGGUGAGCCUGGCGCUCCACCCUCUGGCGGCGGGUCUGGCCGCUGCAGCCGCCGCCGUCGCCCUCUCCCCAGACACCCUCCCGGCGGUGUCCCGCCACGGCGCCGCUCUGGUGGUCCUGUUCCCGGUGCUCGGCUGGCUCAGCGUCUGCACGGGCCUGUACUCGGUGACGGUGGCGCGGCCCCCCGAACCGGCCGCGCUGCGAGCACUGGAUGACUGGGAGGUGGCCGCUCUGAACCGGCCACUCCACCUGCUGCUGCUGUCGGCGCCGCUGCUGUUCAUCCAACACGGGUGGCCCUCUCCGACCCCCGACUGGCUGAUCACCUGUGACGUGGUGGCUCGCCUGACGAUGUGCGCGCUGCCGCUGCUCUGGCUGUUCGGGGUCAUCCCGCCGAUGGAUGUGGCCUUCGGGUGGCUCUCAGAACAGACGCUGAUUCUGCUGUGCGGCGGCUCUCCCUGUAUUCUGCUGUGCGGCGGCUCUCCCUGUGUGACGCCGUCCCGGUUGGCGGUGCAGCUGCUGCUGGCUGCCGCCCUGGCCGUCCCUCUCUGCUGCAUCCCCUCGGCCGACCGGCUGCUACCCGCCGCAGUGGGAGGCUGCCUGCUCAGCGCAGACGUCGUCGGUCUCCUGCAGUGGCUGUGGUGCGCUGCGCGGGUGUACUGCGCCGGUCUGCUGAGGAACUGUCUGUACCGUCCGGCCGCCGGUCGGGGGGUCACAGGCUGGGUGCGCGCCGCCGGACUGCGGCUGCACACACUCGGUGCGCCUCUGCUGCUAACUCUGUUCAUCGCCUGGGAGAUCGAGGCGGCGGCGGCGGACCGCCCGCCCCGCGGCUCACCGGAGGACCUGCUGUCAGCCGUGUGCCUGGCGCGCUGCUACCGAUGGGUGUGGCAGAACACGGAGGCCGCCCUGCCGGAGACCGCUCUGGUGUUCCUGGUGCGUCUGCUGUGGCCCACUGCUGCCGCCUGGCGGCCGGAGUUCGUACUAACGGCCGCCAGCGCUCUGAGGGACCGACUGACUCAGCUGCGGGGGAAGCUCUACAUGGCGGCCGUGCUGCUCUCGUCGUGGCUGAGCGUGAAGGAGAGGAGACGCGCUCACGUGCUGUUCGCGCUGAACACGGCUCUGCUACCCAUCACUGCCGGCCUGCUGGCGCUCUCCUGUCUGUUCUCUGCCCCCCUCCUCCCCGUCUGCACGCUACCCCUGUUCGUGGCCACCUUCCCCCGUCGGCCGGCGGGCCGGGUGCCGGCGGCGCCCCAGACCGCCGGUCCAGACGCCGUGUAUUACCAGCAGAUGUCGGCUCCGACCGCAGACGUGCUGGGGAGGGCCGUCUGGGACGGAUGUGCCGGGUUUAUCCAGCCCGGGGACUAUCUGCUGCUCCGGUUUGAAGACAGGCUCAUGUGGAUCUAUGUCGCCGAAAUGGGAAACGCAUACAUCUACUUCUGCAUCAAGGGUCUGGAGCUCCAGGAGACGUCCUGUCACGCCGCCGAGGCUACGCGCGUGGACGCCAUCUUCGACUGCGCCUUCGACGAGGAGCGUUCAGCCGAGUCGGCCAGUCCUCUGGCACCGUUCUGGUUCCAUGCGCUCACACCUCUCACCCAGCUGCACGUGCCGGGGUACUCGGACGCUCGCAGUCAGCUGACGGGAGUGAUCGACAACUCUGCCACUCUGGCCGCGGUGGAGGAGCUGUUCCCCAAGGUGCUGGCCUGGACGCUGGUGCAGCACCUCCUCACCACUGACGCGGUAGCGGAGGAGCAGAAGCUGCUCGCCAAGGCGGUGCAGAGUAGUGACACGGCCGGUGGGAAGAACACGGCCCGCGCGGACAGCAUGGAGCGCUAUAAGACGGCGCUCAGCUCCCCGGCGCCGCCGGCUCUGCUCGGAGAGGUGGCGGAGUGGUCGGACGGCUCGCAGGGCUCUCUGCUGCUGUUCGAGCCGCAGAAGCCGGCCGGGGUGGCGCUGGGAGCGGCGCCCUGGCUCAGACAGGUGCUGGACGCGGAUGACGGCUCGCCGGGGUCGGAGGGAGAGGGUACCGCGCCGCCGCCGCCUCCUCUCGUGUCGAGUACGACCAUCAUGGUCGGCCCGCCGGCCGGGUCUCCGUCUGGGACGGGCGCGCCGGCCUCCCCCCGCCGCUCCACGCAGCUGCCGCCGAUACCGACCUCCUCGCGCCCGUCCCCGCCGCGACGUGCCCCCUCCGGCGCCGGGUCGGUGACCACCACCCCCAGCCGGCGCCCCAGCCGUCUACGCAGCGGCUCUCGGGUCGCCCCGGCGCCCGGCUCCGAGAGGGACACUCCGCCCGGCUCGACCCAUGGCUCUGUGACCGCCUCUGUCGGCCGCGUCAGCUCGUCUCGGCGACCCUCCCGCGCCGCCUGGCAGCCCCUGAUACCCUCCGCGCCGUCCGUGCCGCCCCCACCGACCGCCGCGGCGCGCCGCCUGACUCCCCCGGCAGUGUGGACCCUGGCGGCGCCUCCGCUCAACACCGAACUGUCCUCUCCAUUCCCUCGGCAGUUCUGGGUACAGACUGUCACCUCACUACUCGAGAAGGAGGCACAGAAGGCGGCCAAGGGGCAGUCGCUGACAGAGACGGUGGUGGGCGCGGCGGCGACCGACCCGGUGGAGAGUCUGGGAGGGGACGCGGCCGUGGAGAGAGUGAUGGAGAAUCACAGAGUGGUGUGUCAGCUGGUGGACUCGGCGUACCACGGCACCGCCAGGCAGCUCCAGGUGGGCUCGUCCCCGGCCCGCGUGCUGUCCCUGUAUAGAGAGGGCGGCGCCCCGGACACCCCUGUGAUACCCUAA